AUGCUCAGACUUCCUACUAGAAGGCUGAGUUUAAGCCUUUCGAGAAGUGUUGCUUCUAAACAGGUCUUGGCCGCUUCAAGAAACUUUAGCAUAUCCAAUGCGCAACUCCAAGCCACUAUCAUUUCCGGAAAAGAGCUUGCUAAAAAGAUCAGAUCCGCUUCUUUUGAUCAUAUUUCUGAACAAAAGUCGAAGUUUCCCGAAUUUCAACCCAAGUUGUCAAUCAUACAGGUUGGAGAAAGACCGGACUCCUCUGUUUAUGUUCGUAUGAAACUGAAAGCGUCAAAAGAGUCUGGGAUCGACUGCGACAUUAUCAAACUACCAGAAGACAUUGACGAAAUCUCACUGAUAACACUUAUUAACAAAUUGAAUGACGAUGCGAAGGUGAACGGUAUUCUAAUUCAGUUGCCAUUACCAAAACAUCUCGAUGAGGUGAAGAUUACCAACGAGGUUCUUUCCAUCAAAGACGUGGAUGGAUUUGAUAGAUUCAAUGUUGGAGAACUUUCCAAGAGAAACGGAAAACCACACUUCCUACCAUGUACUCCAAACGGUUGCAUGAAACUGAUCCAAGAAACUGGAGUUGACCUGAAUGGUAAGAAUGCAGUGGUCAUCGGUCGUUCCGACAUUGUUGGCACUCCUGUAGCAGCAAUGCUCAGAAACGCAAACUGUACCGUUACUAUCUGCCACUCUAAGACUAAGAAUAUACCCGAAUUAGUAAAGAAUGCUGACAUCGUCAUUGCUGCUCUGGGCAAACCAGCUUUUGUUAAGGGUGACUGGAUAAAACCUGACGCAAUCGUUAUUGAUGUUGGUAUCAACUAUGUUCCCGACUCAACAAAAAAGUCCGGCCAAAGAUUAGUAGGCGAUGUUGACUUUGAAUCUGUCAAGGCGAAAGCUCAAUACUUGACUCCUGUUCCAGGUGGUGUUGGCCCAAUGACUGUUGCGAUGCUUGUUGAUAACGUCUACAAAGCUGCACUCAGUCAAUUCGAAGAAGCUAACAAACCUUUGAACAUCAAGCCUUUGAAGUUGGACUGCUUAGACCCUGUCCCAUCUGACAUUGACAUUUCCAGGGCCCAAACCCCAAAGUUGAUCACCGAAGUUGCUAAUGAAAUGAACAUUGCACACAAAGAUUUUGAAAAUUACGGCCAUUACAAGGGUAAGGUUUCCUUAGAUGUUUAUGAGGAGUUGAAAGAUAAGCGUGAAAAUGGUAACUAUGUUUUGGUUGCUGGUAUCACUCCAACACCAUUGGGUGAAGGUAAAUCUACCACCACUAUGGGUUUGGUCCAAGCAUUGGGUGCUCAUCUGAAGAUCCCAUCUAUUGCCAACGUCAGACAACCUUCCAUGGGUCCUACUUUUGGAGUCAAAGGUGGUGCUGCAGGUGGUGGUUACGCACAAGUUAUUCCAAUGGAUGAAUUCAACUUGCAUUUAACAGGUGAUAUUCAUUCUAUCAGUAUUGCCAACAAUUUACUUGCUGCUGCAAUCGACACAAGAAUGUUCCACGAAUCAACUCAAAAGGAUGAGACUUUUUACAAAAGAUUGGUGCCAAAGAAGAAGGGCGUCAGAAAAUUCACUCCUUCCAUGUUGAAGAGAUUACAGAAGCUUGGUAUUAACAAGACUGAUCCUGAUUCCCUCACCCCUGAGGAAAGCAAGAAAUUUGCAAAAUUGAAUAUCAACCCUGAUUCUAUUACAAUUAAAAGAGUUGUUGAUGUGAAUGACAGAUUCUUGAGAGAGAUCACUGUCGGCCAAUCAUCGACUGAAAAGGGUUUCACACGCCAAACAGGUUUUGAUAUCACUGUUGCAUCAGAAAUCAUGGCCAUUCUAGCUUUAUCAAGAGAUUUAAAAGACUUAAGAGAAAGAGUCGGUAAGAUGGUUAUUGGUUCCAACUUUGACGGUGAACCAAUCACUACAGAGGAUGUUGGAUGUGCAGGUGCAAUCACUGCUUUGUUGAAGGAUACGAUCAAACCUAAUUUAAUGCAAACGCUGGAAGGUACUCCAGUUUUCGUUCAUGCCGGCCCAUUUGCAAACAUCUCGAUUGGUGCUUCUUCUGUUAUCGCUGAUAAAGUUGCAUUGAAAAUAGUUGGUAAGCCAAAGAACACUGCAAUUGCUGAAAAUUUUGAAAAGGGUUUUGUCGUUACUGAAGCUGGUUUCGACUUCACAAUGGGUGGUGAAAGAUUCUACAACAUAAAAUGUCGUUCAAGUGGAUUAAAACCAAACGUUGUUGUUUUGGUUGCUACCACUAGAGCCUUGAAAUUGCAUGGUGGUGCUCCCGACGUCAAGCCAGGCCAAACAUUACCAGAAGCCUACGUUACUGAGAACGUCGAAUUGGUAAGAAACGGUGCAAGCAGCAACUUGCGUAAACAGAUUGAAAACGCAAUCAGCUACGGAGCUCCUGUUGUCGUUGCAAUUAACAAGUUUGCAACUGACAGUGAUAAGGAAAUUGAAUGUAUUAAAGAAGAAGCCAUCAAAGCUGGAGCAUUUGAUGCAGUGGAAUCUGACCACUGGGCCAAGGGUGGUGCAGGUGCCAUUGAUCUAGCCAAGUCCGUUGUACGUGCAACGAAGGAGGCACCAGUUGAUGAUAAAACACCACCAAAUUUCUUGUACUCACUUGAAGGCUCUCUUGAAGAUAGAUUACGUACCAUUGCAACCAAAAUGUAUGGUGCAAAGGACAUUGAAUUAUCGGAAUUGGCAAAGAAACAAAUCGAAGACUAUGAGAGACAAGGUUUUGGCAAACUACCAGUAUGUAUUGCCAAGACACAAUAUUCUCUUUCUCACGAUCCAACGCUAAAGGGGGUUCCAACUGACUUUAUUUUCCCAAUCAGAGAAGUUAGAAUCAGUGCCGGUGCAGGAUACUUGUAUGCGUUGGCAGCCAAAAUCAUGACUAUUCCAGGUUUGAGCACUAACGCUGGUUUCAUGAAUGUCGAAGUAAACGACGAGGGCGAAAUUGAAGGCUUAUUUUAG